AUGGUAUCCGCAUCCAAGGCCGCCCGCCAGGCGAAGCGCGUCGCCGAUGGCAAAGAGCCCAAGAAGACGGCUGCCUCCAAAAUCUCCUCGAAAGCCGCCUCGCAGUCCGCUUCGAAGUCCGGGUCGAAAGCCUCGUCCGUGAACGGCGACGAUACGCCACUGAUAGACGUCGAAGACACUGAGGGGAUCAGCGAACAAGUCAAAAAGUUGACGCUGCAAGAGGAUGAGCAUGGUAUUUCAGAUCGAGUCACGACCGGUGUGCUGGCAUCGCUUGAGGCGAGCCGAGACGUCAAGAUAGCGUCUGCGUCGCUCGUAUUCCAUGGCAAAGUCCUGUUCAACGACACCACGAUCGAGGUGUCCUACGGCCGCAGAUAUGGCCUGCUCGGCGAGAACGGCUGCGGAAAGUCCACGCUGCUCAAGGCCAUCGACAAGCGCGAGUUCCCUUUCCCCGAACACAUCGACAUCUACCUCCUAAACGAGGGCGCGCCGCCCAGCGACCUUGGCGCCCUGGAGUGGGUCGUCAAGGAGGCGGAGAACGAAAUGGCGCGGAUGGAGAAACUCGCCGAGGACAUCCUAGAAAGAGACGGGCCAGAUAGCCCAGUUUUGGAAGACCUUUACGAGCGCAUGGAAACCAUGGAUCCUUCCACCUUCCACACUCGUGCCUCGCUCAUUCUCACUGGUCUCGGCUUCAACAAGAAGACAAUCCACAAGAAGACCAAGGAUAUGUCCGGCGGUUGGAGAAUGAGGGUAGCGUUGGCCAAGGCGCUCUUCGUCAAGCCGUCGCUGCUUCUCCUUGACGACCCGACUGCGCAUUUGGACCUGGAAGCCUGCGUGUGGUUGGAAGAGUACAUGAAGAAAUGGGACCGUACCUUAAUCUUGGUGUCCCACAGCAUGGACUUCCUCAAUGGUGUCUGUACAAACAUGAUCGACAUGCGCGAGAAGAAGCUAUUGUAUUACGGUGGUAACUACGACUCGUACAUCAAGACCAGAACCGAACAGGAGGUCAACCAGAUGAAGGCAUACGAAAAGCAGCAAGACGAAAUUAAGCACAUCAAGAAGUUCAUCGCCUCCGCAGGUACAUACGCCAACUUGGUCAGGCAAGCCAAGUCACGCCAGAAGAUCCUCGACAAGAUGGAGGCCGACGGCUUCAUUCAGCCCGUCCACCAAGACCGCGUCUUCACAUUCCGCUUCGCCGACGUCGAGAAACUACCGCCACCCGUGCUCUCUUUGGACGACGUCACCUUCUCUUACUCCGGCAAGGAAGCGGACAACCUCUACGAGCACCUCGACUUCGGCGUGGACAUGGACUCUCGAACAGCGCUCGUCGGACCCAACGGUGUCGGCAAGUCUACGCUCCUCCGCAUCUUCACCGGCAAGCUUUCACCCACCCGUGGCACCGUCUCGCGCCAUACUCACUUGAAGCUUGGCAUGUACAGCCAGCACUCUGCCGACCAACUCGACCUUACUAAGUCUGCCCUUGACUUUGUGCGGGAUAAGUACGCUAGCAAGAGUCAAGAUUAUCAGUACUGGAGACAGCAGCUCGGUCGCUACGGUCUCAGCGGAGAGUCUCAGACUGCGCUUAUGGGUACUUUGUCUGAGGGUCAGAAGAGCAGAAUCGUAUUCGCGCUGCUUGCCAUCGAGAGCCCGAACAUGCUUCUACUCGACGAGCCUACUAACGGUCUGGAUAUCCCUACGAUCGAUAGUUUGGCGGAUGCUAUCAACGCUUUCAGCGGUGGCGUCGUCGUUGUGUCUCACGACUUCAGGUUGCUCGACAAGAUUGCCAAGGACAUUAUGGUGUGCGAGAACAAGACUGUUCGGAGAUGGGACGGCUCGAUUGGAGAAUAUAAGAACCAUCUGCGGAAGAAGAUGGUGUCCACGGGUGCGGUGUAA